CACGGUUUACCACGACACAAAUUUUUAUGGCUGCUCAACAACCACUAUCUCAAGAGCAGCUUUUGCAUUUUUGGGGAGCUCACAACACCAUGGGCAAAAUGACAAGACGAACUUCGCAGUCUGAUGGCGGAAAACCAUCAGGCAACAGUAAUGCCGCGGGCGGUGCUGGAACAAAACCGAAGGUUGCUACUCCACAAGUCGUUGCAAAAAUUGAGCAAUACAAAAGGGAUAACCCAACAAUCUUUGCGUGGGAGAUCAGGGAAAAGCUCAUAAGUGAAGACGUUUGCACCACCCCACCCUCGGUUUCAUCUAUCAAUCGUAUCCUCCGUACUCGUGCAGCCGAACGAGCAGCUGAGGAGCUUCAAAUGAUCCUUUCGGCUCAACAUCUAGCUCGUCCGCGUGCUCAACAAGUCCGACUGCCUCCUGCAUUUCCAUUCCCAUUCCCAUUGGUUUGGCCUGGACUGUUACCAAAUCCUGCUCAGCUGUCGUUGCUAUUGAACUCAGGAGCGUUGGCUCCGCCUGUUCAGUCAGGAGGAGCAGGAGGUCCUGGAGUUUUUGGAAAUUCUGGGCAAAUAUCGGUAGACUCGAAUCUGAAUUUGUCGGAAGACGACUCAACUCUUGGCGCAAAUGCUAGAAGACUCUCGAGGAGUACUUUUACAAAUGAACAACUACAAAGUCUGGAAGAAGUCUUCCUCCGCGAUCCCUACCCAUCUCCCAAUGAACGAGCUGAUCUUGUCAAGAGAACCAAUUUGCCAGAAGCACGUAUACAAGUCUGGUUUUCAAAUCGUCGUGCAAAAUGGCGAAAGACAAAUGCAAAUGGAAGUGAUCGAGAUGAAUUGAGAGCUGAACGAUCUGAAACAGAUGAUGCUUUAAGUAUUUCCAGUCAGUCACCAUCACCUGGAGGAGGACAGGAAACGGGAAGUGACGAAGGGAAAAAGAAGACAAUAACUUUAUUUAAACCUUAUGAAUGAUGCAAAUUGAAGAUGUUUUAAUAUUUAUGAAAGAUUCUGGUAAUAAAAUUGUUAAAGUGAUAAAA